AUGGAUCUCAAUAUCGCAAAGCCAAUCACAUUUAGAUGUGGGCUCACUCUGCCCAACCGUCUCGUGAAAGCAUCCAUGUCCGAGGAGCUCGCAGAUGAAAACCAUCAACCAAAUGGGAAGCAAAUGCUUGCUGUGUACAAAGGAUGGGCUCAAGGCGGCUGGGGGAUGGUCUUCACGGGAAAUGUUCACGUCGACGCGAUGCAUGUUGUUAGUCCACACGAUAUUGCCAUUGACGCAUCAAUACCAAGAGAGGAAACUAUCGCAAUCUGGAAAAAAUGGUCAGAAGCUUGUUGCGCGAAUGGAACUAAAGCAAUAGUUCAAAUCAAUCAUCCGGGGCGGCAGACUCCAUUUGCAAAGGGGAUUGCUCCAAGUGCUAUACCGCUAGACCUUGGCACAGGCAUAAUACCUUGGCUGGUAAAGAUGAUUGUCUUUGGCACACCGAGAGAGAUGACUAUAUUGGACAUUGAUGAUACCAUACAGAAAUUUGCAAACGCCGCGCAACUGGCUUCUGAAGCAGGCUUUGCGGGUGUAGAGAUUCACGCAGCCCAUGGCUAUCUUUUAGCUCAGUUUUUGUCUCAAAGAUGCAAUAAACGCACGGAUGAAUACGGAGGCUCCGCGGUUGCAAGGGCAAAAAUUGUGGUCGACAUAAUAAAAGCCAUCAGGGCUACAGUGCCAAGUAGCUUCUGCAUCGGCGUGAAACUCAACUCCGCAGACCAUCAAACAAAUAUGGAUAAUGUGGAGGAAAUACUGGAACAGGUUGGUGCUAUUGUUGAUACCGGCGUUGACUUUUUGGAGAUCAGUGGAGGCACAUGGGAGAAUCCAGUUUUCAACACUGGGAUCGAGAAGGUUCAAACGAAAGCAGGUACUCUUGCUCGAGAGGCAUUCUUCAUUGAGUUUGCAUCAACCAUUAGAAGCAAGUUCUCCCAAGUUCCUUUUAUGGUAACGGGUGGGUUUCGAUCUCGAAAUGGUAUGGAAGCGGCUAUUAUCGAUGGUAGCUGUGAUUUGAUUGGCAUGGCACGGCCAUCUGCUCUGAAUCCAAGUCUUCCGCAUCAAAUUCUCCUCAAUCCGGCGGUUCCAAAUAAUCAAGCCAUAGCCCCAGCACCAAAGAUAGAAGCUUCAAGCUUCUCCAAGUUCCUCGGAAUAAAGGCACUUGGUGUUGGUCCAGAAAUGAGCUGGUACACCAAAAACCUCGCGCAAAUAGGUGCAACAAGAUUCACAGAGAAUUAA